AUAGUGAAACACUUUUUACCGCAAUUCUCCCUUUUAAAAAUUAGUUUAGAAGCGUUUUUUUUUCGCUUUAAAAACUAUCAAAAUGAAGUCAAAAACACGAAUUAACAUUCUCCUUAUUGCUUUAUUUUUCUCAAUUUUAAUUUCCUGGAUUUUCAACGGAAUUGCUCUUUUUGUGCCACAAUGGAAUAUGGAUUAUGUGGUAGUAAGAUAUGGGCAUCCUGGCCUUCUCCCGCCAAAUUUUCAGGCGAACCCGAUAUACUUCAAUGCGGUCACUUUGAUGAUGAUCCUAUCAUUUUGCUCAACUGUGUGCAUCUUCUUGUUUUACAUUUUGUCCGUAUUUGCAACAUUUCGUCGUUCAAAUCGUGCUUCCAAACUUGGUUUUCUGAUAAUUGCUGGUCUUGCACCGUUUACUGCAUUCCUUCAAAUAGGCUCAUUCAUUAUUAUUUUAAUCGGAUUCAGCGGGGACCCGACAACAGUGAGAAAUAA